CCCUGAAGUUUAACGGUCGCGAGAGGCCGCUCGCCCGACGCUGAAUUGAAUCGGCGGCCAGAGUCUUGGGAACGUAGGAUAUUUCACAGUUCUGAAUGUUAGCAACUGAAAAUGCCUGUAGACGAUGAAGCAUCUGAAGAUGACCCGGAUUCAGUUUCUUCAGACAGUGAAAGAACCUACACUUUCCAAUGAGAGAGCAUAACAAUUUCUGUCCACUAUGGAAGAUGCUGACCUGGUGAAACCCUUACAAAAAACCUCAUCUUCUGUAGAAUCUGAUAUAAAAAAUUCUCCCUACUCUCUUGGACUGAACUUAAGUACUAAUAGAAGUAGCCCCCACCUUAGUACAAAUGGGGUAUCCUCUUUCUCAGGGAAGACCAGACCGGCCGUAACUCAAGGCACAGGUGAAGCCCUCACCUCUUUCAUGCAAGAGCUACAGCACAGCGGGAGGACUGACUCGGAGCUUUGGAAAAACUGCGAGGCCAGGUGGUUACAGCUAUUCAACUUGGUGGAAAAACAGUGCCAAGAACAGAUAGCGGCCCAGCAGGAACAGUUCCACAACCAAGUCCAACGGGUCCAGGAGGAAAUAAAGAAUUUAGUCAAGUUACAGAGCAGCAAUGCUUCGCGGGCUUCCUAUGACAGAAGUUCUCUGAGCGAACACCUCUCUUCAGAAAGGCAGAUGGGGUUCUUUUCUGAAAACAGUGACAGAAAUGAAUCUGUCCUCAGUUACCCAAAGUCCAAAGAGCCUGAAAUGCAGCAGGAAACUUCCCCGUCACAGCCAGACUGCAACGUGGACAGCAGCUCGGUGAGCAGUGGCUAUGGGACCUUUUGUGUCUCGGAGUUAAACACCUACACGUCUAAGGGCCCCCAGGAGUUCAUGGAGCACACGGAGGCUUCGGCGGGGCAGUGCGGGGCGCCAGCCGUGCAGACCUCGUCUCCUGUGGAUGGUGGAAAGCACAAGCGUUUCUACAUCCAUUCUCCCCAAGAGUUCAGUGACUCGUUGAAGGAAGACAUUUCCAUUUUUCCUGGUGAUUUUGAACACAAGUUUCUCGGUGAAAGUAAGAUUUUGGAAGUGUACAGUGGAAAAACAAGUAGUAGUAAAGCGAUAACAUCAUGGGCGCAGAAGCUGAAGCAGAACCACCCGAAGGGAGCCCAUGCCGAAGAGGGGUGUCCCCAAUCCACGCAAGGAACCGAGCAGCCCCAGAGAGUGCCGGUGGACAAGUUGGAGUUCGCUGCUGCUACACCACCUCAUGCUUUUUACCUCAGUAAGCCAGACGAAAGCCCCAAUUUUUGGAUGUCUGAUUCAGGAACAGGCCUGACACACUGGAGACUGGAGGAGAAGGACACGUACCACUCUCUGCCCGAGGUCACAGACAAGCCCUUGGCCCCGUCCUCCUCCCCCCAAGUGUCAGCCAGCCCGGCUAACACUAGUAAUGAGAUGAAGCUUCCGUCACUGAAGGAUAUUUACCAUAAAAAGCAAAGGGAAAACAUGCAGUUACCUGAGAGGAAUCUCACUUCUUCCAGCCCAAACCAUCCGCCCGAGGUGCUGACUCUGGACCCAACGUUACACAUGAAGCCAAGUGAGCAGACGGUGGGGACUCAGCCGCCGGGCUUUCUAAACGCCCUCCAGGACAGGAUCUCCUUCUCGCCAGACUCUGUUCUGGAGCCCAGUGUGUCCAGUCGCUCUGACAUGGACUCCUUCUCGCAAGCAAGCAAUGCCACCUCUCAGUUGUCCGGGUUCCCCAAGUGCCCCUCACGUGCAAAAGCCUCAACAGCGGCCUCUUGGAAAAAUCACGCCUUCCCAAACGAAAGCAGGACCAGCUCCACGUUCCCCUCAGUCUAUACUGUCACUAGUAACGACCUCUCGGUCAACACCGUGGAAGAAGAAAACACUGUCAUGGUAACUGCAGCCUCAGUCAGUCAGUCCCAGCUUCCAGGUACAGCCAACAGUGUCCCAGAAUGCAUUUCAUUGACUUCCCUGGAAGAUCCUGUGCUAUUGUCUAACGUCAGGCAGAACCUGAAGGAAAAGCAGGCCCGGCACAUAGCAGAUCUUCGAGCUUAUUAUGAGUCAGAAAUAAGUAGCUUGAAACAGAAGCUGGAGGCAAAAGAAAUUUCUGCAGUUGAAGAUUGGAAGAAAACCAAUCAAAUUCUUGUAGACAGAUGCGGUCAAUUAGAUGGUGCUCUGAAUGAAGCCACUAGCCGUGUGAGGACACUUGAAAAUAAGAAUAACCUACUAGAAAGAGAAGUGAGUGAUUUCAGAGAACGCCUCAGUGCAGCCAGCAGUGCCUCCAAAAUUCUUCAAGAACGCAUCGAGGAAAUGAGAACAAGUAACAGAGAAAAAGACAACACCAUCAUUCGACUGAAGUGUAGGCUGCAGGAUCUGGAGGAAGCGUUUGAGAAUGCCUACAAACUCUCAGAUGACAAAGACGCCAGGCUGAAACAGGAAAACAAAAUGUUUCAAGAUCUUUUAGGAGAGUAUGAGUCCCUGGGAAAAGAACACGAAAGAGUGAAGGAUACAUUAAAUACAACCGAGAACAAAUUGCUUGAUGCACAGACUCAGAUUUCUGAUUUGAAAAGAACGAUCUCAAAACUUGAAGCUCAGGUCAAGCAAGUGGAGCAUGAAAAUAUGUUAAGUCUUCGUCAUAAUUCUAGAGCUCCCACGGGACCCUCCCGUGCCAACACACUGGCCACCUCCGACGUCAGCAGGCGGAAGUGGCUGAUCCCGGGGGCGGAGUAUUCGAUCUUCACCGGCCAGCCCCUGGAUGUGCCCGACAGGACCUCAGCGAGCAAGCUGGAGGAAACAGGCAUUCCUGGGUACCAUUCUCCUCCGGAAAAGGAUUCCUCGCCUGGAAGUUCACCAACGAACUUACUGAUAAAAAAACAAAGAGAGACUUCAGACACACCAAUCAUGAGAGCUUUAAAAGAACUUGAGGAAGAAAAAAUAUUUAAAAAUUGGGGCACACAGACAGAGAGAGAGGACACUUCAAAUAAAUUAGUGAAUCCUCGGCAAACUGAAGCGACUGUCGGUGCGAGUCGGUCCCCAGAGAAGUGUGCCCAGCAGAGACACAGGAGGCUGAACUGUGCGCAGAGGUCGUCCUCCCUGCCGCCUUCCAGCCGCAAGCCCAGCACUCCAACGAAAAGAGAGAUUAUGUUAACACCAGUGACUGUGGCUUAUAGUCCAAAGCGGUCCCCUAAAGAAAAUUUGUCCCCAGGAUUUAGUCAUCUGCUUAGCAAAACCGAAAGCAGUCCAAUUCGAUUUGAUAUACUUUUGGAUGAUUUAGAUACUGUUCCCGUGUCUACGUUACAACGUACCAAUCCAAGAAAACAACUCCAGUUUCUUCCUCUAGAUGACGCGGAAGAAAAAAAAUAUUCAGAAAAAGCCACCGACACCCAUGCAAGUCAUAGCUCUGCCCCUGAACUGCCGCCGAGUGGAGCGAAGGGCGCCGCGGGGAGCGCCGUGGGGACGGGCGAGUCGGGCAGUGCACAGUGUCCGGCCGCCGGAGCUCGUGCCCACGACUUUGAGUACACCGCGAAAAUUAGGACCCUGGCGGAAACGGAACGGUUUUUUGAUGAACUUACAAAAGAAAAAGACCAGAUUGAGGCUGCCCUCAGUCGGAUGCCUUCGAUGGGAGGACGAGUCACUUUGCAGACGAGAUUAAAUCAGGAAGCCCUGGAGGACCGCCUGGAGCGGAUUAACCGCGAGCUGGGCUCCGUGCGCAUGACGCUGAAGAAGUUCCACGUCCUGCGCUCCUCCGCGCACCUCCGCCCCGUGUAGCCAUUAAACCAGCCGCUUCGUUUGCACUGACGUGUGAUUAGCACUCGGGGAGGCGGAGCGUUUUCUACUGUUUGUAGCCCUUCACGCCGUAGUUCUACAAUCAUGACACUUGCUCUUUUAUACUUCUAACGGCCACAUACUUCCAAGAUAUUUUUGUUAUGCUCAGGAAUCUUGUAUAUUUUACUAUUUAAAAAGUGUUAUUUUUAAAUAGUAUAUGUCUCCAGUUUAUAUCAAGAAUAAGGAAGUGUGACUGUGGGAGGCAGCUGGUCUCUAAACAAAUAGUGUUCAUCCUUUUACAGGUACCUUCUUCACACCCGUUUUGUAAAUUUGUUCGACAUCGUGAAUAUGAUUUUUUAAAAAUUUUUAAAUGCUCCAGAACAGUUUUCAUAAUGGUAGGCUAAUCCACGCUGAAUGCAAAAAAAAUUACAGCACAUCCUGGAUUUAGUAGUUCUGAGCUUUUAAAAGCGCUAAUGCGAUUCCUGUCUGACACAUUUGUCUUAGAGUGAAUAUUAGAUUAGUCAUAAUGGCAAUAUCGGCAAUAAUGGGACGCUGGAAAGCUUUCAAAACUGCAUGGAUAACUCACUCAUUUUGUUUCCCUUAAACUCUAUUAUUUGUAAGGAAAGAAAAUAGAAAGAUGUAAUUUUCUAAUUUUGUCAUAUAUAUGCUUUUCAGAGAAAAACAGUUGGAGGGCUGUAGUCCCUGCCCAUCAUUCUGAAUGUAACUUGUGUCCCGCCCUUGACCGUCAGUGAUAGAUAAGCUUUGAUGAAGUUCAGGGACCACCCAGUGAGGCUGUACAGGGAGCCCCCUUUCCUCCAUGCCGGGGUGCAGCUGCCAGUCAUCCUGCAGAGAUUUGACCCCACCCCCCCAUCCCCGCCCCAGAAAAAGGACGCCCCUAGUGGCUGCUGUGAGGGUGCCAGGCUAGGUCAGAGCAGCUUUGGUGGCGGAAGGGAGUGUGUGGAUGGCUCUAGCUCCCCAGGAGCAGCUCGUGGGCAGGAGCCCGGGCUCUGACCAGCAGCUCUGGCAGCUGUGCGUCUUGACGGCCGGUCAAGUCCAGGCUGCUCAGCUGCCUGCUUUUCAGUGGCCAGUCAGAACACCAUGCCCACAUGUUCACGCUCGGUUCCUGUCGAUACACAGACUGACUCCAAGCUUUCACAGUCGAGUCCCCUUGAAAAUGCUCAGGUAUUAGACUUGGUUUACUUCCUAGCUGCUUCUCCGCCUCACGUGGCUCUUGGUAGCAAUUAGUUAUAAAGCACCAAGCCAGCCGUCCCUCCAUUAGGGUGUGUGGCUGGCUCCGGGCAAGGAUCUCAAGUUCCCUCUGAGCGCCACUCCUGCACCAGGUAAAGACCAGCUACUCAGAAUCACUCAGCAACAGAAUCAAGUGCCUUUUGAAAAGCAAAUCAUUAGCUCUUAGGUGGGCUCGCCCCCUCCUAUCCCUUCAGUAACUGUAGGACGGGGCAGCGGGGGCCCGAGCCUGGCAGACCUGGGCCACACCCGGUGCGCUCGCCUAGUGGUGGAAUGAAACUUCCAUUCCGGGAGAUUUCUGUCAAGUGCCUGGUGCUUAGUGUGAUUUCAGUAAAUAGCACAUUUCAGCUUCAUCCGGAAUGAAAUAGGCCUUUCAAGUGGCUAUUGGGUACUUUUUAAAAUAGAAAAGUAGAUUGUGUUCUAAGCAUUUGACUUAAAAACUACCUUGGGUUGGUUGACAUCUCCAUGAGGUGGUCCAAGAUGUUCUCUCCACCGCUUAGCCAAAAAAAAAGGUUCCAUGGAGUUUGAAUGAGCUUUCCUUUGGUACGUGGUUUUUUAAAAUGACUUAUAAAAAAACUUGAUAAGCUGUUGAGUGUAAGAACAAAGAAGGCACUUUUUCUUUGGUGCCUUGGGGGUUAUUUGAUAUAAAUAUAGGCUGUUCUAAAAAAAAAAAAUAGCCAAUGUAAUGAAACUCCUGGUCCUUGGAGUGUUCCAUAACUCGACAUCUCAAGGUGAUGGCCAGGAAGGCAGGGCCACUGCACGUCAGAUGAAUGAAUGAAGAUUCAUUUAUGCUCCCCUUUUUAAAGUAGAAAAGCCAGGUGCUUUGCUGAAUGCUGUUUGAAUUCUGAACUCUGCACUAAUAUACGUAGUAAAACUCAACAUUUUAGAUAUUUCAAAUAUUUUUCAUUAAAUUUUAACAUGCUGUGAGUCUUUAAGAAGCUUUAAAAAAUAAAUGUAUACCCAGAGCUCUUUAGGGGUCAGAGGUAAAUCCCGUGGAGGGGCUCUCACGGGGUCGUGGGAUUCCCAGGGUCCGAAGGAACCGAUUGUGAUGCACAGAUUUUGCAGGCGUUUGAUAAAACAUUAAACUGCACCGGUGUUCUUGGGCCCUGCGUUACCAAGCUCUUCCCUUCUGAUUUGUGUUUUCAUUUCAAUAGACCCUCUCAGAGAGGAGGAAUCAAGCCAUAAGUUUGCACUGGCUGGACAUCAUGUACCGUGUCACCACUAUGACUGCAGACUUCAAAGAUAAUUAUGUUUUACAAUUUCACUGUAACAGUGAUGAAUAAUGAGGAGGACUCUCUUCACAGAGUGCCACUGACAGUUAGACAAAGCCAAGUGCUCAUUGUAGCUGCUGUUAAAUGUCCUCAAACAUGGGAGGGAUGAAAAUUGUUAACUCCCGCGAGAGCAGGGACCAUCUCUUCAUUCUUGCAAACAGGCACUCAAUAAAUAUUUGUGGAAAUGAA